AUGGAAACGAGCAUUGGCUUCCAGCCCUUCGAGGGCCAUUCCGGCAGUGUCACCGCUCUUGCCUACUCUCCGGACGGCUCAUUACUUGCUACCGGCUCUCUCGAUGGGACGAUACGGGUAUGGGAUGCAGGAACAGGUCAUCAAGUAGGCGAGGCGCUCCGAAAGCAUACAAGUGGGAUCAGCGCCGUUGCCUACUCCCCCGAUGGACAGCACUUGAUCAGCAGCUCGUACGACGGCACCCUCCGGAUGUGGGACACGGCGACGCAUCAGACGGUCCCGCGGCUGUUUACGAGGGAAACGCACGGGGGGAUUCUAUCUGUGCAGUACUCUCCGGACGGCGCACUCACCGCAAGCGGUGAUAGCGAUGGCAUUUUGUGUCUCUGGGAGGCCCUUACGGGCAAGUGCAUAGCGUUUUUGAACCACCCCGGCCGCAUCAACUCCGUCGCAUUCUCCCCUAGUGGUAAACGUGUCACUACUGGUUGUCAUGAUUGGCUCGUUCGAGUCUAUGAUGUACAGCAGGGGGAGCUCGUGUUUGAGCUCAUCGGACAUAGGGCCUUCGUUCGAAGCAUCCGAUAUUCACAUGAUGGGUCUCUUCUCGCCAGCGCUUCAAAUGACCACACCAUUCGACUUUGGGACGCCCAAACAGGCGAUCUGUUGAGGGUUCUCCGUGGACACAGACACUACGUCACCGGUAUCUCGUUCUCGUACGACAAUAAGCAGCUAGUUAGCUCUUCGGACGACGAGUCCAUACGGGUAUGGGACGCUCUGUCAGGCGAAUGCAUCGUAGGGCCGCUGUACGGGCAUGGUGGUCCAGUCACAACAGUGAUCUGCUCUCCAGACCGAAGGCAUUUUGCAUCCUGCGGCUCCGGUGAUGUGCGUGUCUGGAGGACGCAAGAUGGAGACCUCGUGAUACCACGACAUGCAGCAGCGGAGGAUACUACCAAAAUCGCCGAGAAAUACGAACUAAAGGCAUAUGGCUCUGUUAGAGCGGUAGCGUGGUUCUCAGACUGCCGACGCAUCGCGAGCGCAGGCGACGACUGCGUCGUUAGGAUCUGGGAUGCGGAGACAGGAACCGAGUCCGCAAACCCUCUCGUGCAGCAUGAAGAUGAAGUCAGCGGUCUAGACAUCUCAAGAAACGACACGCUUCUCGCCAGCGCCGGGAGCGAUGGGAUCAUCUGCAUAUGGGACCUCCAACGGGAAGAGCUGGCUUUGCAGCCUCUCCGUGGGCAUUCUGGAUCCGUCUUGGCUAUAAUCUUCACUCCAGACGGCAUGAGGAUAGCCAGUGCGGGAUAUGACAAAACGGUGCGCAUAUGGCAUGUGGACAGCGGUGAACCCCUGCACGUUUUUCAACUCGAAGAACAUAACCGGCACACAUGCUCGCUUAGCAUCUCCGUUGAUGGAUCCCGCCUAGCAAGUGGCCCGGAAUCUAACGACAGGACAGUCUCCAUCUGGGACCUCCUAACUAACAGACCUCUAAGCAGUCCUAUCUCUCUUGUCUACCAGCGCACGUUGACAUCUGUUUGCUUGUCCCCCGAUGGCUCACAGCUGCUGAGUGGAUCGAGCGACAAUGCGGCUUACUUAUGGAACAUCUCGCGCAGAGAGCAAGUUCACGUUCUCAGGCAUGAAAGUACCGUUCACCGUGUUGGAUUCGCAGCGGGCGGGCAGAAGAUCCUGACUGUAUCAGCUGACAGGAGGGUCCGCGUUUGGGAUGCCAGAGCAGGGACGCUUCUUCAGUCUCUUCAGCACGAUAGCUUUAUUGUUACAGCAGCAUUCUCUUCGGACGGAAGCCGGAUUGUGAGUGGAUCCGAAGACGGCGAACUAUACCUUUGGGAUGCGGAUUCUGGGCGGCUAUUACUGCCAAAGGUUGUGGAUUAG